GAGGCAGGUGUUAUGAAUGAAGUUCUCUCUGACACAUCAGUGAUCAGAUUUUUGCAGCGCUGCUCUUUAUUCUCCAUUCAUCCUUUGCUGGGUUUUGGGCACAGAUGGCUUGGCAGGGUGUGAAAACACUAAUUCUGGUUUUGUGUUGCUUUGAUUUGGUUUUGUCACAGAGUUCAAAGCCUGUCUCUACUUCAGAUUAUUUUUCAAGCAUAAAUGAUGAUUAUUCUGAUGUUGAAGCUGAUCACUUCAAAGUGGCACCUCAAGACACUGAAGGGGUGACACAAUCAAAAUUGGCAGUUUACUGUAACAAUGAUACUAUGAAAGUGAUUUUGCCAGCUGGUUCUCUCAGUCAGGUUAAGAUUUUGGGUGUUUCAGUAAUUGAAUCUGUGCUUGGGGCCCCAGCGGCCUGUGGAUACUCCCUGACACAAGGCUAUGGCCAUACUAUUUUGGUUGUUGACUACGAUGGCUGUCAUGUCACCUUGGAGGGUGGCCGUUACACUCUGAGGGUCCUCUAUCCAGAUGAAGCUGGACAGCUGGAUGUCGCUACUUUGUCUUGUGAUUCAAACCAACAUCUCAGUGCUUCCCUGAAACACCUCAGCGUGCAGUCAGAUCAGACACCAACGUGUGCAAAACUACCCCUGCCCAUGACUUCCCAGUCAUCACCUCCCCUGUCAGCACCAAACAUGCUCCCGCUUACCAGCAAACCAGAAGGCUGCAACAUCUCUGCCGAUCAGAGAGUGUCGUGUAGCGCCUCUGGUAUAACACAAGACGAGUGUCUGGCCAAAGGAUGCUGUUUUGAUGCAACGACCUCAGUCUGCUACUAUCCCAUGGAUGAAUGCACUGCUGAUAAGAACUUUGUCUUUGCUGUUUAUAAUGAUUUCACAAACAUCCAUGUGAACCCCAUGAGCCUGAUGGUUGCUGGAAAGACUGGUUGCAAGCCUGUUAUCGCCAACGAAGACUUUGCCAUCUUCAAAUUUUCUGUCACUGAGUGUGGAACACGUUCCUUUGUCAUUGGUGAGACAACAAUUUACCUAGCUGAGGUACAGACCAUCAUCAAAGUUCGGAACCUGAAGUACGGCGUGAUCUCCAGGGAUAAUCCAAUCAGGCUGAUGGUUGAAUGCCGCUACCCAAAGGUUUCAGCCUCUCCCACGUUUGCCGGACCUGUGCUUGCGAGUGCAGGGUACAUGGUUAUGAGUCCCAGUCUGCCUUCACACCUGCUGUCUGAAGGGCUGUUUGGAGUUCAGCUUUUAAUUUCUGAGGAUGAAACUUUCACCAAGUUUUAUCCAUGGUGUCAUCAGCCGCUAAAUGUUCUUUUGGGGAAGCCUGUAUAUCUGGAGUUGCGUCUGAAGUCUCCAAAACCUGCAGCUACACUCAUAGUUCACUACUGUGUGGCCUAUCCACGCUCCGCUAGGAGUGCCCUGAUUUUGAUUUUUGAGGGAUGCCCCAAUCCUCUUGACUCUGGCAACAUCUCCAUUCUUUAUAUGAAACACCUUCCUCAGAAUCGGCACAAGCGUCGCUUUGAGAUUAAAGCCUUUCAGUUCAUGGAUUUAUCCACCAAUAAAUACCUGAAUGAGGAGAUUUACUUCAUGUGCUCUACUGAAGUGUGCAUGCCCUCUGAAUUGCCCUGUGCAGAGACCUGCUUUGAUGGAAAGUCUCCAUGAAUAAGGUCCAGGUGAAUUACUGGCAAUGGGAGUGUGUGAAUCCUCUUGUGAUUGGUGUUGUCUGACAUUGAAUAAAAUUUUAUCUCUAUCUUUGCACAAU